AUGUCUUCGACCGGGUUACCAAAGCUUGGCAGUGUUCUCUAUCAAACUUUCGUCGAGUUUCCCUGCAGUGCACUUACCAUUCCAAGGCAAAGCGAUCCAAACGUUACUGCGAUGUCGAGCCGUAGUGCCAACGGUGACUCCAGCCACACCAUCAAGAAUUCUCUUGUCCAGUCAUGCCAGUCACCUGAGAGCGUAUCGUGUCUCUUGGGCAAAGAUCCCAGUCUUACACCGGGGGAGGCGUGGAAGAAAUUGACCAGCCACAAGACAGAAGGUCUGCAUACUUCGCAACACAUCAGUGAUGACGGGAAAGAUAGAGCAGCGGACCAUGAGCUAGAUCUUGCCUAUGCUUGUGGUAGCUGGGGUCCGAACCGACCCAGUGAUUUGUUUCUCAAAUUAUAUCAUGAUUCGCUGAGUACCCUAAAUGAGCACCCGGAUCACGGAAUGGUGAGCCCGUCUUUGCUCGGCAGUAAUGGAGUUGCACCACUAACCAUCAUCUCCGUAAUACCAGACAUCGUAAGACAUAUGUCGAACCUGAUAGUCCGGGCCGACAGAGAAGUCUUUCUUGCGACCAACUACUGGCAGAACAGCGUGGCAUCGGCGUUUAUAACGAAUGCGAUGAAAGAGCUCUCCCGCCGUGCAGGUGAGCGAGGCACGAGAAUAGUGAUGAAGGUCAUAUAUGAUCGGGGCAGCCCGAAACAACUUUUCGAGCCGCACUACAUUGUCUCUGAGAAGGAGUACACCGGGAAAGCUGUUGGGCUUCCGGCAAAGCAUGAGAUACCCAACAUUGACCUUGAGGUCAUGAAUUACCAUGACCCAUUACUUGGAACAUUUCAUUCCAAGUUCAUGGUUGUUGACCGGAAAAUUGGUAUUGUGCAGAGCAAUAACAUCCAGGACAAUGACAACCUGGAGAUGAUGGUGCAUGUGGAAGGGCCCAUCGUGGAUGGGCUCUACGACAUGGCGCUCUUGAGCUGGCACAAGAGACUUGACCCUUCUCUCCCGAGCCGUGAUAGCUCUGCAGCUGAAGGCGGGACGCAACGCUCUAGCCCGAGUCAUGAUAUUGCGUCUACUUCUAAUAGGUCGCUUGAAACCCAUCCUCCGAAGACUGAUCAAAGGGCUGCCGCCUUUGGGCCGCAGGCCGACGAACACCUCGCCCCUGACCUCACACCAUCAGCCCUCAAGAACACGGAGCCUCCAGUGGGAGGUUCAGACUCAGCAGAAGGACAUUCAACAGGUCAGGUUUUACCUGCAAAUGCUACCAAUGACUCUCACCAUUUCCAUCAAACAGAUGCUACAGGCUCAGAAACCCAGGGACGUCCCCAAUGCAAGCAGCAGGAAGCCCUCCCAGAACACACCGCCGAAGACCCGCACUACGAUAUUGAUAUCGCCGGUGAGAUCGCCCGUGUUCAAGUGGCUGUCUCCGCGAAACCUCAUGAAACACAACUGGAGGCUAUCACACGACACCUCAACCACACAACCAACAAGGAUGUCAAAGGCGACCCUGCUGCGUCCUCGCAAGCAGAGGAAAUGACCCCAUAUAUAUCUCACCCUACCCAUGAGCCGUUCCCGAUAGCACUGGUCAACAGAUCCCCCUAUGGACCACCGAACCACAAAUCCGUCUCGAACCCCCAGAAUGCGGCCUGGCUGUCGGCACUGCGCAACGCUACAAAGAACGUUUUCAUCCAGUCACCAACACUAAAUGCUGAACCUCUCGUCCCGGCGAUCAUCCAGGCUUGUGAACGAGGGAUCGAUGUCUAUUGCUAUAUCUGCCUUGGAUACAACGACGCCGGUGAACUGCUACCGAUGCAAGGAGGCCACAACGAGAUGGUUGCCAACCAUCUCUACAAGGCCAUGUCCCUCUCGGCGCGCCAGCACUUACACUACUUCUGGUACGUGGGCAAGGACCAGACACGCCCCAUCGUCGCAGAGUCGAAGCGCCGCUCCUGCCACAUCAAGCUCAUGAUCGUGGACGAGUGCAUUGGCAUCGUCGGCUCCGGCAACCAGGACACGCAGAGCUGGUUCCACAGCCAGGAAGUAAACAUCAUGCUGGAGAGUCGGGAGGUGUGCGCACAGUGGAUCGAAGGGCUGAGGCGGAACCAGAACACGCAUCGAUAUGGUGCCGUGGGACGCGACGACGGGGUCUGGAGGGACGCCGACGGCAAGGAGGCUCAGGGGGCUACUGGUGUUGACCCUGGGCAUUUCAGCUGGGCCAAGGGGCUCGUGGGAGCUGUCAAGAGAGUCAAGGGAACAGGAGGAUUCUGA